CCCUUUACAGUAGGAGCCCAAUAUGGCAGCAGCGGCGGCGGGUGGAGGGGUCGUCGCGCUCGGGGCUCUCCGCGCCUAGGGUCGCCGCCGCCCGCUCCGCCAUCCCCCUCCCCGCGCCCUUCUCCGCCUCCCCUCCCGGGCGGACGGACCCCCCCCCCAGGGUACCUCGGAGUCAGCUGCGCCCCGCCGCGUCCGACAUGAGGGAGAAGGGCCGCAGGAAGAAGGGCAGGACCUGGGCAGAGGCCGCCCGGACGGUCCUGGAGAAAUACCCUAAUACACCUAUGAGCCAUAAAGAGAUACUUCAAGUUAUCCAGAAAGAAGGACUUAAAGAAAUCAGAAGUGGGACUUCUCCUCUUGCAUGCCUGAAUGCUAUGUUACAUACAAACUCCCGAGGGGAAGAGGGCAUUUUCUAUAAGGUCCCGGGGCGCAUGGGAGUGUACACUCUGAAGAAGGACGUUCCGGACGGGUUGAAGGAGCUCUCCGAUGGCUCGGAGGAGAGCAGCGAUGCCCAGUCCGACUCUCAGAGCUCCGAGAACAGCACCAGCAGCAGCAGCAGCAGCGACGGGUGCGGUAACAAAGAUGGGAAGAAAAGCAGAUGGAAAAGGAAAGUGUCGUCUAGACUGUCACAGACAUCCUCUCCUCAGUCAGGCUGCCCAUCACCUUCCAUCCAGACAGGCAAAGUCAUCUCCUCAUCCCAGAAGCACAGCAAGAAGGCACUCAAACAGGCCUUGAAACAGCAGCAACAAAAGCAACAGCAGCAGCAAUGCAGAGCAGGCAUGCCCGUGUCGUCUAAUCAGCACGUCCUUCUGAAGGCCGUCAAGGCAGCCAGUGACUCCACACCUGCAAAAUCUGCUUGGGAAGGAAAGCAGUCAGAUGGACAGUCGAGCAGCCCUCAGAACUCCACCUCCAGUUCCUCUCCCUCUGUUAAGCUUGAUAACUCCUUGCCAGGGUUGGGGAAGAAACCAUUCCAGAGAUCUGACAGGCUCCAUGCAAGGCAGCUGAAGAGAACAAAGUGUGCUGAAAUCGAUGUGGAAACUCCCGACUCCAUCCUCGUGAACACAAACCUGCGGGCGCUGAUCAACAAGCAUACGUUCUCUGUUCUGCCCACGGAAUGCCAGCAGCGCCUGCUGCUGCUGCUGCCGGAGGUGGACAGGCAGGUUGGGGCAGAUGGUUUGAUGAAGCUGAGUGGCUCCGCACUCAACAACGAGUUCUUCACGUCCGCUGCCCAAGGCUGGAAGGAGAGGUUGUCAGAAGGUGAGUUUACGCCAGAGAUGCAGCUAAGAAUACGGCAAGAAAUAGAAAAGGAAAAGAAGGUCGAGCUGUGGAAGGAACAUUUUUUUGAGAGCUACUAUGGUCAGAGUUCUGGACUAAGUCCUGAAGAGUCCGAGAGACUGACAGCAAACACCAGCCCUGCCGAGCCAGAGACUGAAACCCCAGCGGCCGAACAGCCAAAACGCGUGGCAGCCGCUGUGGCACCACUCAAAGAGGAGGCUGCUCCUCCGUUAGAGUCGAAAGCACAAGCAGUCCAGGAAGCACCAGCGAUGAAAAAAGGCGGAGAAGAAAGAAGAGAGGACACGCAGCCCAAACCAGGCAAACCUGCGGAGGCCUCGGCUUCCCCGGGUGGGUGUGCAGUGAAACCGAGCGACCGUCCCCUCCCCACCAAAGAGAGAGUCCGAGGGGAGCCCGUUCCAGAGAAACCACAGACUGCUGUUAGUCAAAAGCCCGAAGAAGAGAGAAGGCACGCGGCAUCGAAGGAGGCGCUGGUGAAAGAGCCUGUGGGUACCUCAGUGUUGGCCCCGAGUAAACCAAAGAGCCCCGGAGCAGCUGAAGCGGUAGCAAACGUGAAAAGUCCAGCGAUGACUCCAGAAACGCCGGAAAAGAAAUCGCCUGCGAACGAAGAAAUGGAAGUCAGUGUAGAAGCCCCUAAGAGGAAGUCGGAGAGUCGUGAGGCAGCUCUGACCACUCCUGAAAAGAAGGCGCGCAUCAUGGAGAACUGCCAGCACCAGCAGGCGUUUCGGAGCCAGCCCCAGUCCUUUCCCGCAGCGGGGACCCCGGUGCCACGGGUGCCCCCACUCAAGAUUCCCGUUUCCAGAAUCUCCCCAAUGCCAUUUCCUGCGGGCCAGGUCUCUCCCAGGGCACGUUUCCCAAUCUCACUCGCCAGUCCGGGAAGAACAGGGGCCAGAACUUUGGCAGACAUCAAAGCCAAAGCCCAGCAAGCCAAGGCUCAGAGGGCAGCGGCCGCCGCCGCCGCCGCCGCUGCCGCCGCCGCCGCCUCGACGGGGGGGGCUGUCCCCGGGCCUGGCCCCGGCGGUGGCGGGGCCCCCCCGGGCGGGGGGGGAGAGAAGAGUAACGCAGCCACGAGCGGAACCAACGGAACUGGAAUUCGAGGAACUGCACUGGAACUGGCAGGAACUGGAAGCGGGGGAAGUUCGAGAAGGUUUCUUCCCCAUUGUCCAGGGACCCAUACCCAAAUGGAGACCCAGGCCCCGGCCCAGGCACCACCUCACAAUCCUCCUAGAGCACAACUACAGCAAACUUCCCCACCGCGGCCCGGAACUCCCGCCGGCGAUCCAGGCGCCGGCUCCUCCUCAUCAGCGCUAUCGGCAUUAGAGAAAACGGGCCGAAUAAAGCAGAGCCCCCCCCAUACGACUGUAAAUCAGGUUUCAGGCUCCCCGUGUGCUGGUGGCAGUGACAAACAAGAGGAAGCACCUUCUGCUCUGGCAGGUCCCGGCCAGGCCUGUGGGGCAUCAGCCGUCAGGGAUGGAACAGUCUGUGCCGCGGUGUCCGCAGCAGACAGCAACACGGGCGUAGCUAAGGGAGCACCCGCGGCCUUAGGAGGGACCAGCCUGGACGCUUCUAAAAGCCAAACUCCUUCCCCUCCGACGGCUUCACCAACACCCGCGAGCUCGGAAGCCCAGGCUGGAGGAGUGGUCGCACCUGCGACGUCUGUCCCACCCUCCGACGCCUCCUCGGUAGCGCCAAGCCUUAAAACUCAGGCAAGCUCAAGCGGGGCCCUCCCAAAGCCAAGCUCCAGUAUUCCUGCCAACAACCCUUUGGUCACCCAACUUCUUCAAGGCAAGGAUGUCCCUCUGGAGCAAAUCCUGCCGAAGCCUCUCACCAAAGCAGAGAUGAAAACUGUCCCGUUGGCUUCUCAUGAAGAAAAAGGGGCGGCGGCAGCCUCCAGCGCUACGAGCGUAGCAGGGAACGGCGCUGGAGCCGAGGGUGGGGAAAGACAAUCGAGUUUACCCCCACAACAGCUUGGGAAGAUCUUUUGCCAGAACAGGCCUCUGCCUCACAUUCCAAGGACCUUUCCGCUCCCCUCGGGAAAGGACCCCAGCCUUGAGCAGCACCCGGGCCAUGAGGCGCUCAGCAAAACAACCCAAGAGCAGAUCCUUCAGACUCUUAUCAAGAGGGUCCAGAGGCAGAAUUUGUUGCCGGUCCUUCAGCCUUCACAACUGAACCUCACUCACUCAGGUUUCCAGUUAGAGAACAGCUCCACCAGCCAGAGAUUUAUGCUGGGUUUCAUGGGCAGAAGGACAUCCAAGCCUGCUAUGUCUGGUCAUUACCUGCUCAACAUUUCCACCUACGGUCGUGGUUCCGAGAGUUUGAGGAGAGGCUUCUCCCUGAACCCUGAAAACCGCUUGUGUCUGAACAGUCCUGCUGAUGCUCCAAAACCAGAGUUUGGGGAACGCGAGGAGAUAGCUGGCCAUGGCAGCAGCAGCGACGAAGGAGAUGCAGACGAUGAGAGUACCGGUGAUGAGCGUGAACAUAUCGGUGUGAAAGAGGAGCCCCAGGCUUCACAGGUUUCUGGUCAGUGUGAAAAAGAGCAGGUAUCCCAUAGCAUGAAUUCCUCGGAUUACAACAGCCUUGCUAAAAAGGGUGUAAAGACCGAAGCAGCCGUGUCUCAGCAAGCAGCCGUCACCAGGGAGAACAUUCAGGCGUUUGAUGGAACUACAUUAGCACGAGAUUUUAUUCAGGCCGCUCAAGAGCAGAUGGCACACGCAAUGAGGGGGAAGGUGCACAGCAACCCGGAGCUUUUCGGUACCUCCGUGCCGUCCUCGGACUCUGCGCAGCAGCAGCCUCCGCUGCUCUCUCCCGCGCACCCUCCGAAGCUGGCUGGAAGCGCUGCGGCACAGCUCCUGGGGCCCAGUUACAGCGGCACAAUAAACGUCUCCACCUCCCCGGACGUGAACCAAGGGUCCCUCAUGACUGGGCUCUCUGAGUGCAAUCAGUUGUCCAGUAGCAUGGGGAACGUCAUGUCCUUUUCUGUGACUGUAACCACCAUUCCCACCAGCCAAGCUAUGAACUCUGGCAACCACAGCCAGACCAUCCCCGUUCAAGCCUUCGCUGAGGACACCGGCAUGGAGGAUUCCCCUUCCAAAUGUUACUGCAGGUUGAAAGCCAUGAUCAUGUGCAAGGGCUGCGGUGCCUUCUGCCAUGACGAUUGCAUUGGCCCCUCUAAGCUCUGUGUCUCCUGCCUCGUUGUGCGGUAACCGGCGUGGGAGGUGGGGAAGAGGAUGGCUGGACGGUGGCUUUGCUUUCGGAAGCGCGUUGGGAGGAAACAGGAAAUUUACUGCCUUGCACAAGAGACACGUUACUGAAUCAGGAAUACAGAGUAGAGUUCUUCUUUCAUUAAAGAAAGAGCACCUUCUUGUACAGUGAGUCGAAAUUGAGCUCAACUACGUGAAUUGUGACAAGAGUUUGCACUUAAGGAAUUAUGUAAAUAUGUCACAUUAUUUUGUUUAAAAAUAUUUUUUCAAUCUUUUAGGAGUUAGUGUUUGACUUGUACUGCAGUUUCAUUAACCCCAGCCUGCUAUCCAGCAUGUUUGCUGAGCUCUGCUCUAGAUGGGGGAACGAACCCCCAGCAAAACUUCAGCCUGUUGUUGGUCUUCUCUGGACAAAGAGAAGAACUUGGAUAAUCAAGAAACGAAACGUUUGUGCUGACUGAUCAGAGAGCGCCGAAGCAGGAAUCCCUGAAUCGGCUCACCUUGUUGCUCUAAAUUUUAGUUCAAAUUUUUCAGAAUUGGAAGGUGGUAACCUCGCAGCAGCCUUUCAAGUAAUUGCCUUUCCCUUGUGACCAGGCUGCUUCCAGAAGGCAUACUGGGUUGUGCAAUAUUGGCUGGUGUUUUUGAGUUGCAUAUCCUCUCCUCUUCAAGGAGUCGGGUGCAGUAACCUUGGCUGAAGGAAGGUAGUGUCUUGAUUUGCUACUGGUAAAUGCUGAAAAAGGCAACUGUACUAACAAUACAAUCCAAGAAUUGAAAUCACUAAAACAGCUCAGUAACCGAUGAUCGGUAAUCCCAGGAACCAUUUAAAGCAGAGAUCCCAAAUCUGUGCUGAACUGCGUUCCAGUUCUGGACUGUCGGGACUCGGCAGACACCUGCUUCCUCGGGCGUUUCGAGGGAGCUGGGGAGCGCCACCCCGAGUCGCGAACCGUCAGCUCUUACGGCACACGAUGCAAGUGAAGUGCACUAAGCGUCACCCUCGGUCCUGCUGUUCUCUAGGAAGCUUACUGUGCUCAGUCGAACCUCCACGAGAGCCAGACGUCUCGAAUUGCUAGAGAAGAUUUUAUAUUUAGCUAAGUGUAGGGAAAGGAAAGUAAGUGUCUUGUUGGGCCUCGCCGUGAGCCUGCCGUGGGUGUCUCGUCGUGUUUCAGAAUCCCAAAUCAGGCCUGACUCAGCUUGGAUUUUGUUCAGUUGAGGUCCGGGGUUGCGUUGGGGCGGGGGGGCCGGGAAGGGGGCUGCGCCGCACCCCCCGUCCCCGCUCGUGGGACACCGCUAGGGACGCUCACCCUCGCUUCGGGUGUUCACGGAUUCGCUCGCUUUGAUGAGUCGGAAUUAAAGCAGUUACCCAAUGGUUCUCUGUUCUCAGCGCGGCUCGGUGGCAGGCUGGCUAAGGAAGCACGCGCCAGUCUGCGUUUUGAUGUGUCGCAGCGCGUCGGCAUCACGCCCAGGGUCUGUUUGUUCUUUCUCUUCCGAAACGAGGACUGUCAGGUUCGCUAACCGCGUCCAGUCCCACGUUGUUGCCGUUCGGGGCGGGGGGGGCCAUACUGCAUCUUGGUCAGGUCACAGAUCUAUGUAUCUUUUUGAUGGAAAAGCACUGAAUUCACUUUUAAUCCAAAGGCCUUUUUAAGCUGAAGCAAUAUAAACACAAUAGGUGGGACAGCUGUUUUGUGAGCUGGGGUCCUCAGCCUUUCUUUCUUCUCUCAGUUUGACUCUACUGCUGCUUUCCCCUCUCCCUCGCCUGGGACUGGCACGCUGUUGGUAGAGAGCAGAAAUAAUUGCCUGUGAAGCAGUGGGGUUUUUUUUCCACGGAGCAGGUGGAUUUCUUUGGUAAGCAUAAAGAGAGUUGCAGACUUAAUCACGUCAUGGCAGCAAUGUUUCCUUCCCUGCCCAGCAGAGCACGGCGUCCUCCCCAGCAGGGUUACCGCGCGUGCAUGAGCAGAAGCUGUAGCGUAUCUCGGUCUCCGUUUUGCUCAUCUUAAAUUUACUGGGGAGCAGUGACCCCCCUGCUUUCUGAUUACACAUCCCUGCUCAGACAUCCGGUGGCGAAGAGGAUUUAAGUGUAAGAAAUAAAGUCAAAUAAAGUCCUUUUUUUUUUUUUUGUAUUCUAAAACGGAAAUCUCAAAAAACAAAAAAUAACCAACCCAAACCCCACCCUACACAAAAAUUGCUCCGUUUUUCUGUCACGCUGCCCACGCGUUGGCGGCGGUUACAGCCCAAGAUCCCCCCCCCCCCCGGGUCUGUGCGUUCCCGGGGGCGGCUGCGUGUGGGGCAGGCGGGGGGGUGGCUUCUCCCCUCGCAUCCCCAGGCGCUGCCCCGGGGAGAAUCUCAAUUCCUGGCUUGCCUGGGAUGUCAGCACCGAGCCGGAGAGCAGCCCCGCGCUGCCUGCUUCCGCCCCCUCUGCUGUAAGAGGGACUUCUGCCAUUUUGCUAGAGCUUAGGAUGCGGUGUCAAAUGCUUUCAAGCUGCGUGCCCUGGGGAGUCGCGUACCGAGGGCAGGGUCUGUCCGUUCCUUAUUAACUCGAGCCUUGUCUAGACAUGAAAGGAGUCAGAGCAGUGUAAUCCUCAGACAGACACAUCCAUUCCUUUCUUAAGACGGAUCCCCCAGCAUAAUCCGAUUUAAAGAUCGUCGCUAGUUGCAAACUAAACUGAAAAAGUCAUUCUUGCCUCAAACACGAGCGAAGAGGUUUUGCUGGCCUAAUUGGAUCAACUGCUCAUACCUUGACUUUUAUCAGUGUCGUUUUCCUGGGCUGACGGGGCGGCUCCCGAGGGGGAGGGAGCACCCGAGGAGGGGGGGCUGCGAUGUGCCGCCUGGCUCCGAGGGCCGCCGGGCUUUCCAGCCUGCGGCAGCGGCCGCUGGGGGAGGUUGUUUGGCCGCUCCUCUCGGCAGCUCCCGAAGCCGCCGCUCACGGCCGGGGUCCCGCUUCGCAGCCCGUGGGGCCCGUGGGGCCCGUGGGGCCCGUGGGCUGGCCCGGACGGUGCCCACGAAGGUCUCGGUGGCCCCAGCCUGGCGGGGGGGACAGCGCUGGCGUCUUGCGCGAUGACUUGGAAGUUUACAACUCUCUUCAGUGCCUUAGUUCCAUUUUAACGGCUCAGCACUUUUCUUGGGCUACUUCUGUUUCUUUUUAAGAAAAGAAAUUCUUUUAACUGCAUGUCUUUGAUUUUAACAUACGCUAUGAGCUACUAGGCGCAGCUUGGUGGAACAGUCUCCCCAGGUUCGCAAGAGGGCAUUAAGUAGUUAGGAAAUCAUUAGGAAUAAUGGGACUCGGUGUAAUAAUCACUGUAAGUACAGGUCACAUAAAACCUUGAGAGCUUUGCGUGUGUUGCAGUGCCGGUUAUCGGAGAAGGUAUUUUAGAAGGGGGAAAUCUGCAGCCUGUACGGGAGCAUGGGAUCCACCUGCUGCUGCCGCGGCUCCUCCCAGCACCCGCCACCUCCCCACCCUCUGACCUUCCCGCUGCUCCUUCCAGCAAGGUAAUAAACCUGCCUUCACGCUGGAUUUGCAAAUAAAAGGGAUAUUGUGACGUAGUUUAGCAUAUUAGACUUUGGCUCCCCAGGUAUGUAUUUAAUAGCACUACACUAAAUGCUGUCAUAAUAAAAUCUGAGAUAAAAUGGUUUCAAAGCCUAAUGUCAAACUAUGUUUGUGGCUGUAAAAGCGAGUUGAGUAAGAAAAGACACUCAGAUGUGAAUUCCCCCUUUUGGGCCACAUGCAAGUCCUGCAGCACAAGAACCAGAAGUACAGGCUGCUCGGUGGAAUGUCACCCUCCAGCGCGGCCCUGCCCCUGCGCAGGUUGUCGCAGUGGAGGAGCGAACGCAGCUCUGAAGGCCAGUUCAGGUUCCGAGUGAGAUUGGAAGCGCAGGGAGGGAAUUUUGUGUGACGUUUUAAUGCCCCUUCUCAAAUCCAAAGGAAGGACCGAGAUGCUUACCAGGUAGCGCUGGUCGGCGGAGUUGUAUCUGGUUUAUGGUAGUAGGAGACAGCCGACGGGGCAGCGAGCCCCUGGCCACGGGGGUUGCCAGCCGGGGGGUUUCCUCAGGUCCUUGAUGCUGACGGGUGUCGCUCACGCUGCUCCAGCGGCAAAGACCGUCCCGGGCCGGUCCCCUCCCGGCGUGGGUGCCGUGGGGGACUGGAAGCGGGACCGGGGCUUCUCCCCUGCGGGGAGGCUCGGCCCGCGGGUUCGUUUGAGCCCCGGGAUCGCGGGGGGCGGCAGGAGGGCGAGGAGCCCCGGCCCUUCCCCGGGCCUCCCCCCAGUUCCCUGGAGGCGGUCGGGCUCCAGCGUGGCGGCGGGAGGCAGAACCCACCACGGCUUGCGGCAGCCGAAGGCUUGGGAGAUGAGAAGCGGGCCGGGCUCUUCUCCCCGCGAGGGAUUCCCGCGGCCGGGCGCUGGCAGCCACGGGGGCCGGUGUGGCUGUGCGGGGGCCGAGCCCCGCGGGAAUCCCUGGCAGGAGGAGGGUGCUGAGCGCCGGGCGCUCCAGCCCCCACCCCAGCGGGCGGGUGGGGGCGAGAGGGCGGCAGGAGCACCGGGCUGGCGGCUGGUCGGGUUUGAACGCUAUACAUUUGAUAGAACCGAAGAUCGAUUUUAAGAGCUUACAGUAAUAUAUUUUAAGUAAUAUAUAUUUUAGUAUCUGUAAAAAAAAAAAAAAAAAAUCGACAAAGGAUGAUUUAUGGACUAGAUAAACAGGGUAUUGGGAGUAUGCAGUUUCACAGCGAGGCCAAGAAUAGUUUUACUAGCAGGAGAACUGAAAAGAUUCAGUUUUUUCCAUUAAUGCAAUAAAAAUGGGAAUUCUUAAAAAGAAGAAAUCCGAUACUGUUUACCAUACGCUUUUCUUGUUUUGACAACAGGCCUGUAAACACAGUUUAGAAGAUACUAAACCUUUGUUUGUCUUUUGCCUUUUUAAAAGGGACUUAAAUUGGAAUAGAGGGUAUGUACAGAAAAAUCAAGUUGACACCAUUUUAAAAUGUAUUUUUACACAAAUAAUAUAGAAAAAUCAUAUUUUACAUAAGAAUUUUAAGUAUUUGAAAUAUGUGUAUAUAUAUAUACUGUAUGUACUUCAUAUAUUCUUUAUUUUACAUUUUCAAUGUAUUAAAAAAUAUUUGAGCUGGUUGGAUUUGAGCAUGUAAUAAUGUUUAAAAAAAAAAAAAAAACAAACAAGGAAAAGAAGGAAAGAGGGAGAGAGGAUGCAAGUACUGCACCGCUGCAGGAGCUGCUGUAGCAACUCCAGGGUAGCAGGGGAGCCAGAAGUUGAGGAGCAAAUGAGUUUUGGAAGAGUUUAGCAGUUUUAGAUAUUUUCCAAACCAUUUUCAGUCCUGCGUCCUGUUUGUGUUUCCGUUAAUAUUCGUUCCUUUUGCCUCGUAACCACCCAGAAUAAUCUAUGGUGAGAAGACAAGAAGUUGAGGUGGAUCUUUUAUACAAGCAAUGCUGCCUUUAUAGCCAAAGAGACAGACUGGUACGGAAGCUACGCAACCAAAACAAAAUCAGAAGCUACUCCGCUUUGCUGUGCCACUGAAAUUGUAAUAGAUAGCCGGUUUUCUUGUGUGAGAAUCUUACGGCACUGUUGGGGAGUUCAAGCGAUAUACCAAAAGUCCAGUGCUUUCAAGGAAACACUAUCAAAGCAAAUUUGGUGGCGUUUUUACUCUGUAGGAAUUUUGGUGAAAAUCUCCCUGUAGAGGAGGAUAGCUCUUUGCAGCUAGGAGAGAAGGAGUGCAUUCGCAUCGGGGGCGGGAUCCUAGAGAUGCUCCUCGAUGGACCCACACUGCAAAGAGCAGGCGCAGAGCGGGCCGGGCAGCGAGGGGGUGCAGAGGGGGGCGCGGCGCUGCCGGGGCUACGCCGGCACCCCCGGUACUACUCCCUGGAGGUAGGUAGGAGAGUAAACAGCAAGUCCUGCUCGUUCCACAUGCUCCUGUUUCCGAGGGACUAGGAGAUCCCCAGCCCCUGUAAUUGCUGGCCCCAGUCCUACAGAGCGAGCGGAUGCACGUCUCUGCGGAGAGCGAGGUGGAAGAGGCUCCAGAGCGUCGGAGGCGCAGUGCCCCUGCCUCGGCCCCUCUUCCACAAUGCCCGUGUUGGCUUAGGUGACUCUCAAGUGACAUUGACACUAUUCCACUUACUCCAGCAAGCAACUGCAGGAGCCCUGUACAUCACUUGGAGAAGUUGACAGCAAUUCUCUGUUGCUGGGACUUACAGGGAAGGAAACUGAAGGUGGGAAAAGAGGAAGCAUUAAGAAGUCAAGUUUUAAAAGUACCAAUCUGAAACCUGAAAAGGCAGGCAACUGAUAUUUUUCUGCUGAUAAAAUUAUUAUUGGAAUCUCUUGAAAAAAUAAAAGAUGGCACCCAAUACUCUGUCAAAACCUGCUACUGAGACGUUGAGGGGGGCUUUCACUCUAUAAGCAGUUGCACUAUGAGAAAGUCCCGCUGUUUGGGCGGGUGUAGAGAAGUAGGGGCUAUAUGUGGGGGGCUGUGCAGGUGUGUGUGCACGGAUACAUACGUACCCACAGCUGGAUUUUAGCUAAGUGUACAUAGUAAGACCAGCUUCAUCUCAGUCUUCUGGUGAUAUUACACCUUGCAAAGUUACCACAGACCCGAGACGGAAUUACAGCUUUUCUAUUUGUUUUCAUAUUUAAGAUAUAUGGGUUAGACAAAAAUAUAUAAUAGCAAUGUGUUUUGAUCUGCUGCACUUUUUAAAAAAACAUUCCUUAGACCCCUGGUACUGCUGCAUCUCCCAUUCCUUCCUCUCCCAACCUAAAACAUAAAACCAACUGGCCUCCUGUACCUUUCAGUUAAGACCUCUCAGAUGCUGCAUUAGAGAUUUUCGAUUGGCAGAGCUGGGCCAGGAGCUGACGGCUGGCAGGCCGGGCCCCCGGGGUCCUGCCACCGGGAACGGGAACCAACGGGCAGCGCAGGCGCGGCGAGGACCCGAGGCACCUACCGCAGCUCCCUGCGGGACCGCUUCCCGAGGGCACGGAUUGACCUGUGCCUCUGGGGAUGCCCCGAGCCCACCGGUACCAGAGACAGGACAGGCAUCACCCUCAGCCUCAGGGACAGAGGUUUCAGUUGCAAUUUUUUUACCUGGUGCGGAGGUGCACCAAGGAGGCACCCACAAACAGCCGCCUUGGCUGGAUUCACAGCGCCUCCCGUUGCUGUAAAUCUCCCCCGUGCGAUUAUAAGCCCACACCCUAUCAGUCCGUCUGCAAAGUCAAAUUUAAAUAAGAAACGUGGUGAGGUUUGUAUGGAAAAAAAAAAAAAAGCAAUUGUUGUUCAGUAAGGUAACUUCUAGACCUUUAAAAACAGCACGGGCCAGUUCCAGCAAAGGAGCAAUACGUCAGGGACAAACACGGCCCAUCGUGCUGCAGCUAUGCAUUUGGCAAAGGUUGUCUUGUCAAGUUUUUCACUCAUUUUGCUGUAUAAGAUUCCACCUUAGCUUCUCACCAGCAUUAAGAGGGAUCUGAGGAGUGCUAAAAACAGCCUAUUUCUAACCUGUCACUUGAAGAUCUGUGUGCCCUUAGGAGAUGAUAGCACUUUGACAAGCAAAAGCCUGCCCUGUGGCUUAUGUCUUAUUGCGGAUUCUGUUCCUCUUCCUCUCACUUGUUUUUGUCAUGUAAAACUACCUGCUUUAUAAAUGAAUGUAAAAUACAGUAGUUCUUCAGCACAUGGACAAACGUGUAUUUUAUCUUAAUGUUUCAUUUUAUGUUAAAUAAAAAGCAUAUGAUUUUA